GAAAGAAGAAAAUUCCAAGGAAAACAUGAAUUUAUAAAGGAUACAAUGUAUGAGUUGCGAUCGCUUCUAGUCGCCGUUUUGAUUUGCUGGACAAACACAGAGCGAGUUCGAAAGAAGGAGAAAGAGGAUCUAAUGAUUCCUCUCACGCCAAACACUCUGAAUCAGGCAAAGUUUCUGAAACUACAGCGUAUACCGCUAAGGAGACUGCCGACACGGCAGGAACGACGGAAACAAACGGGAGCUCCGGUCCUGAUUUGCGGUGAAGGAGCUAUGGGUAUUUUGGUAAAUCAUCCAUUUAAUGGUCGAAUCUUUGCUAGUCAUCGAGAAAACGAUCAAGAGUGUGUGCAAUACAUCACAAUAAAUACCAUCCCCAAAUUUAUGACACCUCUCGAAGGUAACUGUGGGAUUUGGAGCCGCAAGAGUCUACAACAAUCCGGCACAGAUUUUCACCUGAGAGUUGUUGUUUCCUUCGACUAUGAACAUCUAACGGAAGAUGACAAAAUCUACGAUUUGACUUGCACUUAUUCAUCAAAAAACAUCUCCAUUGGUGCUUAUUAUGACACUGUGAACUUCGUAGCACACCCUGUACUGAACUCCUCGCAACUGCCUGUAUGCCAUUAUUCUCUCCGCAAGGACACCCUCGAUGGACCACGGACCCAAUCAGCAACCAUCGGACAACUGGUUUACCAUCGUUGGACGUGCCCUUCAAACGAUUACGCAUUCAAAGUGUAUCGAUGUUAUGUGCAUAAUGGAUAUCAGCAGUCAUAUCAGAUCAUUAAUGAUCAAGGGUGUUCUCUGGACGAGCAGAUUUUACCACAUCCCACAUACGAUCUACAAAAAGGUAUCGUCUACACGCCAUCGAAAGCGUUCAGGAGGUGUGGUAAGUAA